GCAUUUGGCGCAGUUUUUUGAGCGGCGCGCACGCGCGCUUCGGCUUCGUUGUUUUGGGGAGUACACGUGGUUAGCGCUGGCGCCAAGCUUGCUGGCGCUAUGGCAAGUGCUUUUCCGGCUUUUCCUGGCUUCAGGACGCUGUUACCCUUGGCCGCCUUCAUCUUUUAUCGAUUGGGCGGCGAUCAAAGAAACCUGCAGACCGCGGAUUUGCGGCAAGAGUACGAUUACAUCAUCGUCGGUGCGGGCUCGGCGGGCGCGGUGCUGGCCAAUCGGCUAAGCGCCGAUCCUGGCCUUCAAGUAUUGCUCCUCGAAGCCGGGGGUUCUGAGAAUGUUCUGGCGGACAUUCCAUUGGUGGCUGCGACUCUUCAGGGCUCAGCCCUCGACUGGGGCUACCGCACCAUCACACAGGAGGCUGCCUGCUUCGGUCUGCAUGAAGGGAAAAGCAGGUGGCCUCGGGGCAAGGUCCUGGGGGGUUCGAGCGUGCUCAACUACAUGCUCUACGUCCGAGGGAGCCCCCGAGACUACGACAGCUGGGAAGAGCAGGGUGCAGUGGGCUGGAGCUGGGCAGACGUCAGGCCCUACUUCCUGCGCUCUGAGCACAACAGGGACCCCGACAUUGCACGGAACGGACACCAUAAUGUUGGCGGCCCGCUGUCGGUGAUGCGUGCCCCGUACGCGACGCCUUUGGCCAGUGCUUUUGUGGAGGCUGGAGUUCACCUGGGUUACCCUGCCAGAGACAUCAACGCCGGACAGCUUACGGGAUUCAUGAUCCCCCAAGGCACCCUCCUGGACGGCCGUCGCCACAGCACUCGCAGGGCAUUUCUAGACCCCGUUCUAGGGAGAGACAACCUCCACAUUGCCGUGUUCUCUCACGCAACCAAGGUGGAGCUCGAUGCAUCCAAGACGGCCCGUGGGGUGCACUUUGAGCGGUUUGGAGUGCCCCAGGUUGCACGGGUGCGGAAGGAGGUGUUGCUCUCAGCCGGAGCUAUCGGCACGCCCCAGCUUCUCAUGCUGUCCGGCAUCGGUCCAAGGUCGCAUCUCGAAGCUUUCAAGAUCCCUGUUGUGGCAGACCUUCCCGUAGGCUCCAACCUGCAGGACCACAUUUUUCCCGGUGGUGUCAACUUCCUGUUAGACCAGCCGGUGUCUGUGGUCCAGUCGCGGAUGUUCACCAUCCCUGAAGUUGUCAAUUAUCUCACCACGGGCACAGGGCCCCUGACUCUGCCCGGAGGCGUGGAGGGCCUGGGGUUUGUGAACACGCGCUACGCCAACGCCAGCCUCGACUGGCCCGACGUCGAGAUCCACUUUGCGUCGGGGUCCCCCGUGUCAGACGGGGGACAGACGUUCAAGACCGCGCAUGGCCUCAGCGACAAGGUAUGGAGCCGCACGUUCGCUCCUCACAUCCGAGAAGACUCCAUGUCUCUGUACCCCGUUCUGCUGCGGCCGCGGUCGCGAGGCACGGUGCGGCUGCGGUCGACGGACCCGCACGAUGAGCCCCUCCUCAACCCCCGCUACCUGACGCACCCACAAGACCUGCGGACCAUGGUGGACGCCAUGAAGCUGUGCCUGUGGCUGGGGCAGUCGCCUCCGUUUGCGCGCUUCGGUUCCCGCGUCUGGGACAUCCCGUUUCCGGGAUGCGAACUGUACCCCUUCCUCGGGGACGAGUACCUGGGCUGCGUGGCGCGCUCCUACACGAGCACCCUCUACCACCCGGUCGGGACCUGCCGCAUGGGCGCGGCGGACGACCGUCUUGCCGUGGUCGACAGCAAGCUCCGGGUGAGGGGUGUCCGGCAGCUGAGGGUGGUGGACGCCUCCAUCAUGCCCACCAUCGUGUCCGGAAACACCAACGCUCCUGUCAUCAUGAUAGGCGAGCGGGCGUCUGACCUCAUCCUCUCCGGAAUGUGACGACAGUUUCUUUUGUUCUAUUAAUCAGCAUCCCAUCAACCAAUUAAAACACCAGCCCAUUAAAGUCAUUUUCACGUAGGCCUGCA